AUGCAAACAGAACAUCAGGCAGAAUCCCAUCCCACCACAACAUCAAACAUGGGCAAGGUCAUCUUCUACGAGGACAGGAACUUUGGCGGUCGCCACUAUGAGUGCAGCAGCGACUGUGCUGAUUUCAGCUCCUAUCUGAGCCGCUGUAGCUCCUGCAGGGUGGAGAGUGGCUGCUUCAUGGUCUACGACCGUCCCAACUACAUGGGCAACCAGUACUUCAUGAGGAGGGGAGAGUACUCCGACUACUCCCGUAUGGGCAUGUUCGAGAACAUCCGCUCCUGUCGCAUGAUCCCCAUGCACAGAGGAAACUACAGGAUGAGGAUCUACGAGAGGGAGAACUUCGGCGGUCAGAUGCACGAGCUGAUGGAUGACUGCGACUCCUUCAUGGAGCGUUACCGCAUGUCCGACUGCCAGUCCUGCAACGUGAUGGACGGCCACUGGCUGAUGUAUGAGCAGCCCCACUACAGAGGCAGGAUGAUGUACAUGAGGCCUGGGGAGUACAGGAGCUUCAGAGAUAUGGGAUACAGCAACAUGAGAUGGAUGUCCAUGAGGCGCAUCACGGAUAGCUGCUAA